GGAUGCCUUCUCUUCGGUUAACUUCAGUUGAAUGAAAGACGCCGUGGCGUCUCGACGUGUACCUUGACGUUUCUCACGCGCGAGCCUCUUAUUGCGUUCUGUCCAUCGUGUAGUUGCCAUCGCGGUGCAUUAUCAUGAGAAAGUGAGUAAGAUUGAAUUUUUUCGAUGUGCGCGAUCCCCGUACGAUUCCCGUAAUUCACUGCGCGCAAUUUUGCCGCAAUGUCGGAGCAAUAAAAACAACGUGCGCCGAUCUGUUGCCAGCGGAUGGAAGAGUCGCGUCUCGCUUGCGUAUCGCCGUAAUUGACCAGUGGGCAGACCCCGUUGAAUCCAGAGAGAGUUCCACGCAGCGAUCAACGAUCACAAAUCGAGAAACGGGUCAACAACGAAUUUCUUUUUCCAGAGCGCGAACGAACGAACGCGAAGGAAAGUAACGCGAUAAUGCGAUGAGACGACGAUAAGGUCAGAGUUUUGAUCGCCAAGUUCAAAGUCAUGUAUCGAUCAGCUGGAACGAGGCACGCGGUCUGUCAGCUGACCGCGGUCGCCGCCUUGAUUAUCUUGACAGGAACAACAGCGGCUCUCGAAGGACCGAAUAUAUGCACCCGACAAGAAACAUACACGAUAACGGUGAAAGUAUCCGAACAGAAACCUUACACCGUACGAGAGAACACGUGGUGCUUCAGUUUCCCACCGAGAUGUUCCAAAUACAAAGUUGUUUACAGAACGGUCUACAAGGAACAGGAACUGGUGAAACAAAAACCCGUAGAGGAAUGCUGUAAAGGCUACACGCAAACCACGAACGGAGACCGUUGCAUUCCAGUCUGUUCCGAGGAUUGUCGCCACGGUACUUGUAUCGCCCCUGAUAUCUGCAAGUGUGAAUCGGGAUAUGGCGGGCCGUUGUGCGACUUCAAGUGCCCGUUGGGUAAAUGGGGCAGAGAUUGCGAGAUGGAUUGCAAGUGCCAGAACGAGGCCACGUGCGAUCCGUUCGACGGUAAAUGCAUGUGCACGAGAGGCUGGACUGGCGUGUACUGCGAUCAGAAGUGUCUUCCCAACCGGUAUGGGCAGGAUUGUGCCGAGGAAUGCCGUUGUAAAAACGGUGGUAGGUGCCAUCAUAUUUCUGGCGAGUGUCACUGUGCCUCCGGUUACACCGGGCCGCUAUGCGAUGACCUUUGUCCGGUGGGUAAGCACGGCGAAGAAUGCAAGUCGGAGUGUCGUUGUCAGAACGGUGGAUCCUGUAGUCCCUUGACCGGCCAAUGCUACUGUACCCCUGGCUGGAUGGGUUCGGUCUGUGCGAAUCGAUGCCCGGAGGGUUUCUGGGGUAAGAACUGUUCUCAAAUCUGCGAUUGUUAUAACGGUGCCGGUUGCCAUCACGUGACGGGUGAGUGUCAAUGCAAGCCGGGCUUUUACGAUGAUAAGUGUCUAAAGAUUUGUCCCGCGGGUACAUUUGGAUUGAAUUGUACAAAUAAUUGCACUUGCGAAAACAACGCUGUCUGCAAUCCUAGUAACGGCACCUGCAUAUGCGGUACGGGUUGGAUAGGUAAAACGUGUGAUCAACGUGCUUGCAACGAUGGUUUCUAUGGACCCAAUUGCGCAAAGGUUUGCGAAUGCGAGGAGGACAAUACAAAACUUUGCCAUCCGUGGACCGGAGAAUGCUCCUGCAAGGUGGGAUGGGACGGCGACACCUGCUCCAGACCGUGUCCCUUCUACAUGUAUGGGAAGGACUGCCAGAAUCACUGCAAUUGCAAGAACAACGCGCAAUGUUCGCCCAUCGACGGCACUUGCAUCUGCGCGGCCGGAUACCGUGGCAAGGAUUGCGGCGAAUUGUGCCCAGAGAACACCUUCGGCGAGGAUUGCGCGCAGAUGUGUGCCUGCAAGAACGGAGCUACCUGCUCUCCCGAGAACGGGCGCUGCAAUUGUACGGCCGGAUGGGUCGGUGUACUGUGUGAUCGUCCAUGCGACGACAAGUCUUACGGCAAGGACUGCGAGAACAAAUGCAAAUGUUUUAACAAUGCAGCCUGCAAUCCGCAAAAUGGCACGUGCACGUGUGCGGCUGGUUUCACCGGCACGCUGUGCCAGGAUCGUUGUAAAAAGGGCUUCUUCGGGAACGGAUGCAAUCAGAUUUGCGACUGUGUUGAGGAGAACACUAUGGACUGUGAUUCAAUCACCGGUCAUUGCAACUGCAAGGCAGAUUGGCGAGGGAUUCGAUGUGAAACAAAAUGUCCGGAGGGUCUUUACGGCGAAGAUUGUCACUCGCAUUGCGAAUGCAUGAAUAAUAGUUCGUGUGAUCCCACGACCGGAAGUUGCGUCUGCGCCAGGGGCUGGGAGGGCCCCGAUUGCUCGCGACCCUGCAAAGAAGGAUGGUAUGGAAUGGGGUGCAAAGAGAAAUGCCCGGAAAAAAUGAACGGAAACAUGACUUGCGAUCACGUGACUGGCGAAUAUGUCUGUCGUCCUGGAUACCUAGGUCUGACUUGCGAACAUCCGUGUCCCCCGAAUCGUUACGGGCUAAAUUGCGCGAAUCAUUGUCACUGUAAGAACGGCGGAGAAUGUCAUCACGUAACAGGUGCAUGCCAGUGUCGACCCGGCUGGCAAGGCCAGUACUGCCAGACACCUUGCACGGAUGGUACGUACGGCGUAAAUUGCACACAGCAUUGUAAAUGUCAGAAUGGCGGAAAAUGUCGAUCCAACGAUGGCCAUUGUCGAUGCGCGCCAGGAUGGACUGGAACUGCAUGUACCGAGAUUUGUCCCGAAGGGUAUUACGGUGAUCAUUGUAUGGAACCUUGCGAAUGUAAAAACGACUUCUUCAUGUGUCAUCCGGCCGAGGGCUGUGUCUGUAGACAUGGAUACACAGGUGAAAAUUGCGAUAAGCAGUUAUUCUCCCGCAAUGUUCAGGAAAAGGAGGAAGAGGAAGGAUACGGAUACAUUGUGGCAGUCGUAUUUGCAGUCAUUAUUGUGGUUGGCAUUUCAUUGACCGGGUGGAUGUAUCAUCGUCACAGAGUAGCCGAUCUUAAGAAUGAAAUAGCUCAAGUGCAAUAUAUAGCCGAGCCUGUACCUCCGCCAGAACGAAAUCAAUUCGAUAAUCCCGUGUACGCAUAUCAAGGUUCCUCGAAAUUUGACGACGGCACUACCACCUUGCUAAACAACUUCCAAUUCCGAAAUAAUUUCCUUCAUAAGAAUAUAAAUACCGAGAAGGCUAAACUCGGCCUAGGUAAUUGCACCGAUGAUGAGGAUGACUGCAAAGGAGCAUACGGACUGCACUACGAUCUCAAGAACAAGGAUGCUGAUAUGGGAAAUCCAAACUUGAAUGUUUAUCACAGCAUUGAUGAGAUGGAUGGUAAGAAAAUCGAACAUGUCUAUGAUGAGAUCAAGCAGAACAAUGAGUCAGAAUAUGAUGAGUUGAAUCAUCCGCGACCAAUAAGUUGGAAGCCGCUUCCGAGUCGUACAACCAACGGCUUCUUGUCGAAAGCACGUGACAAUCCCGGACCUAGCACAGCGAUAGAUAAGGAUCCGGAAUUAGGUUAAACCUAAGAUUCUUGCACAACGUUCCUCAUUUUCAACUGCCCAGGUUUGAAAUAGAAUUUUACGAUCGUCUCUAUCGUUUGACUGUCUCCUUUCCAUGAAUGAAUUUAUGAUACUUUCAUCUUGUAUAAUUUUCACUUCGAAAAAUUUCUUAAGUCUUUAUGUGGAGAAAGAGAGAAAUGCUAUUGUAGAUAAUUAGUAAAAUAGUUUUGUAAAAAAAAAAACAGGUUGGAUACUAUAUACAUAUAUAUAUAUAUAUAUAUAUAUAUAUAUAUAUAUAUAUAUAUAUAUAUUCAUUGGUGUAGCAAAGUAAGGCAGUAUUACAAUGAAUAUAUUAAAAAAAGAUUUCGGAUUUAGAUAGAAAAACUUGUAUCUCUGGUCAGAUUAGAUUUUUUAUCUAUGUUGAUUAGACAUUUUUUUUUAAAUUUAAUAAGUCUAUUACUAUUUGCUUUUUAAGCACUUUUUUUUAACAUUCUGUGUAAUGCUCAUAUAUGAAACAAAUCUAUAACAAUGAAAUUUUUAUGCUGAAUUUUCAAUCAAAAAUUUAGCUUAUUUGAAAUUAUCGAUUUCUGACAUUUUUUAAUUGCAAUAAAUAAACAUAUCGCGAUAAUCCUGGAAGAUAAAUGUCUUUGUGAGUAUAUAAAAAAAUUUCUAGAUAUAAAUUUUUAACUAAAUUAUUGUAUAUUUCUCUAUUUGAUACGUAUGCGUAUGUGUCGCCAAAAGAGGGCGAGAGUAAUUUAAGCAACUGGCAAUAAUGAAAAGGUGAUAAGAAAUCAUGAAUAAAAUAUGCGAGGUCUCGGAGAAUUCUUUGGAUAACAACAGUUUUAUUCGUAUAGUUAUCGAUGUCGUGGUUAUACAAGUUUUAAAAGGAUUCUAAUAAUUGUUGAUUUUAAAAUUAUAUAAUUUUAGCAUAGCUUAGAGUAAAAUAGCGGUAUACUGAUCUGGCGUGAAUGAAUGCAAUUUUAUAAAUGCAAUAAAUUAGAUAAUUAUUGUAAAAUUA